AUGGUGAAGAGCUACAGGAAAUACGAGGCUGCACAGGUCUUCAGCACUGUAUGUACGGCCUCAUCCAACAUCGUAUGGACGCCUGAUGCAUCGAGCCGGACGGGACGAGCAUUCGCAGGYGCAAACGAGGAAGUGCUCUGCUGGGAUGUCAAAAAAGGCGAAUUACUGUCGCGAUGGCACGACAAGGACAAUAAGAGCGAGGUCACGUGCAUAUCGCAAUGUCAAGUCCAACCGGAUCUGAUCGCGGUGGGAUAUGCGGAUGGAUCCAUACGGAUUUGGGACGCUCUGUCCGGCCAGAUUGUAGUGAGCUUCAACGGACAUCGCAGUGCAGUGACCCAUUUGCAGUUCGAUCAGGAAGGCUCACGAUUGGCCAGCGGGAGUAAAGACACGGACAUCAUCAUCUGGAAUCUGCUCUCCGAAACGUCGGAGUUCAGGCUACGAGGACACAAAGAUCAAAUCACCGGACUGGCCUUCCUGCGGACACCUGUACCUGGACUUGCAGCUUCUGACGAUGAGUUCAUCAGCGAGGACGUGGAGGAAAAGUAUCUACUGUCAACAUCAAAGGACGCUUUGGUGAAAAUUUGGGACCUCACAUCACCGCACUGCAUCGAGACGCACGUUGCGCAGACCAGCGGCGAGUGUUGGGCAUUGGGUCUAAGCCCGGAUGGUGCUGGCUGUAUUACCGCUGGUAAUGACGGAGAGCUGAAGGUUUGGCGGAUAGAUACAUUGGCCCUGGCACAAUUGAGCAAUACUGUAAGCGAAGGCAAGACGCUGGAUGUUCUCACAAGUCAGGGCRUCAUACGUCGGCAGGGCGCAGACAGGACUAUUGGCGUGACCUUCCACCCCAAUCAGGAUUACAUCGCGAUUCAUGGUUCGGAAAAGGCAGUCGAGAUCUGGCGGAUACGAUCUGCGGACGAGCUACAUAAACACAUGCAGCGGAAGAGGAAGCGGAGACGUGAAAAGGCUGCAGCUGCAGGCGAAACACUCGUUCCGGAGAAGGAGGAAGAUCUCGAGAAGCCAGGAGUCACCGACGUCUUCAGUCCAUAUGUGAUUGUCCGCUCGGGUGGUAGAGUACGGUCCACGUCGUGGGUCACAUCAGGUCCAAAGGCUUCGAAGACUGUGCAAAUACUGGUUGCGACUACCAACAAUCUGUUGGAAUUGUACAAUGUAACGAGUCAGAAAUCUGACAAACGGGAGGUUGAGUACGCUCGCUCACUUGCCGUUGAGCUUCCGGGUCAUCGCUCUGACAUCCGUACCCUUGCACUCUCUUCAGACGAUCGUAUGCUUGCCAGCGCUUCGGCGGGUGCGCUGAAAGUAUGGAAUCUCCGCACACAGUCUUGUCUCAGGACACUCGAAUGUGGACAAGCACUCUGCUCUGCCUUCCUCCCUGGCGACCGAAUGGUAUUACUGGGUACGAAAUCGGGAGAGCUGGAGCUCUACGAUAUCAGUACGAGCACCUUGAUUGAGAAGAUCGCUGCCCACGAUGGUCCAAUCUGGACGCUAGCUGUAAAUCCGGAUGGGCGCUCAGUCGUAACAGGAUCUGCCGAUAAGAGCGCCAAGUUCUGGCGAUUUGAUGUGGUCGACGAGGAGAUUCCCGGCACGAGGAGAACGACGCAAAAGCUGAAGCUUACACAAACACGGCAACUCAAGGUCUCUGAUGAUGUGCUCUCGGUGUGCUUCUCGCCAGAUCUCAAGUACCUGGCGCUCAGCACGUUGGACAACACUGUGAAGCUGUUCUUCGUCGAUACCCUCAAGCCAUACCACAUCUUGUACGGACAUAAACUCCCCGUACUGAAUAUCAGCAUAAGCAGCGACUCGAAGCUGGUUGCAACUUGCAGUGCGGACAAGAACGUCCGCAUUUGGGGACUGGAUUUUGGCGACUGUCACAAAGCCUUCUUCGCCCAUCAAGACAGUGUUAUGCAAGUUGGCUUCAUCGCGCAUCCUGUCGAGCAGGAAGAGAGACAUACAGUCUUCAGCGUGAGCAAGGACGGCGCGCUAAAAUCUUGGGACGCGGAUAAGUUUGAGCAGAUCCAGAAGCUGGACAGCCACCACGGUGAAAUCUGGGCAAUGGCGAUCAGUCAGACUGGUGAUACUAUCGUCACAGCCUCGCAUGAUAAGAGCAUCCGACUCUGGCAAGUCGGCGACGACCUCAUCUUUCUCGAGGAAGAGCGCGAGCGCGAACUCGAAGAGAUGUACGAGUCGACCCUCGCCCAGAACAUGGAUCGUGACUUCCAGGAUGAAGAUGAGCAAAACGACGACGUCGCAGCAGCGAGCAAGCAGACCAUUGGUACUCUUACUCACGGUGAGAAGAUCAUGGAAGCACUCGAAGUCGGCUUUACGGAUCUCGAGCUCAUGCGCGCUUAUGAGAGGGAUAAGAAGWCCAACCCUAAAAUGGCUGUGCCCCAACGCGAUCCCGUCUUCCUCGCACUUGGUAACAUAACCGCGGAACAGCACGUCUUCCGCACACUCAGGAGAGUACCUACACCAGCUCUCAACGACGCUCUACUGGUCAUCCCUUUCAGCAUGCUUCCCACCCUAUUCACAUUCCUGGCCAUCUUCUUGCAGAAAAGAAUGCAACCUGAGUUGGCUUGGCGGAUCAGCUACUUCAUGCUGCAGGCACACAUGAACCAAAUCGUGGCGAGCAAGCAGCUGAAGCCCAUGCUCACAGAUGUUUACGAGGCGUACGAGGCCUGGGUGGAGGAGGAGCGGAGGGUGAUGGGUUUCAACCUCGCAGGUUUGGAGAUAAUGGGAAGAGAAGCGCGGGAGAUUGAGAGUGGCGAUUACGUGGAUGAUGUUGUGGAGGAACAAAAAGCGGAUGCUGAGAAGGGGAGGAAGAAGAGGGCUUUCGCUAGCGUGGCAUAG